UUCCGUCCGUCUUCUUCUUGACACUUCCGACAUCUCCAAGUCCCAUUCUCCAACGACACUUCAAGAUCCAAGCGGACAGGAUUCAAGAAAUCUUGAAAACCCUCAAAUCCACAAACCAUACAUCACCGACAAGAUCUCCGAGCUGCAUACCACUUAUCUCAGUGUGGAUAAAGACACUGCACUAUAUCUCCCAACUCUCGCGAAACAUGUCCUUCCUCCCCUCCUCUACUCCCACCCCACCCUCCUCAUCAAUCCACCUCACAAACCUCACCCUCCCCUUCGGCCUCCGCCUCCCCGACAUCUGGUCUCAAACCCGUCCUCAACCCGCAACUCUCUCCCUCUCCCUCCACCUCACCUCUUCCGCCUUCAGCACCGCUUCCACGGCCGAUAAACUGGAUGGGAGUACAGUCCACUAUGGCACGCUGGCGAAACGAGUCCUGGCCUCUUGCGGUGGGGAAGCAUUGAGCCUGCCCGAGUGUCUGAGGAGGGUAGAAGGGAUCGUAAGGGAACUGGCGGGUAGAAUUUUGAGGAUGGCGAGGGUUGAGGUGGAGUUGAGUAAGGGAAGUAUGUUUGGCGAAGGGGUGGUGUUUGUAAGGGAGUUUGGGCAGGAGGAGAAGAGGUUUGGAGUGGAGGUGAGGGGGGUGAAGGUUAUGACGUUGCUUGGGGUGAAUGCGUAUGAGAGGCAGGGGAGGCAGCCGGUUGUGGUGAAUUUUGGGUUGUGGGUGGGACGGGGAACGGGAGUCGGGGAGGAGGUUGUGGUGAAAAUGUUGGGGUUGGAGAGGAUGCUUGUUGAUAUUAUUGAACCGACAACAUAUGAGACGCUGGAGACGUUGAUUGAGUACACGGUUGCGGAAUUACGGAAACGGGUCCUCGAUCAGGAGUUUCCUGGUGCAACGUUGCGAUUGAAGAUGGAGAAGCCGAGAGCGAUUGCUUGGGCGGAGGCGCCGGGUUUGGAGGUAACGAGAGAGAUCCCGAGUGCUGGGAAGUCGAGCAAAGCGGCAGAGCUCAGUGUUGUCAAGCCGUAUGCUGUUUGA